CAGUUUUUAGUUGCUGUUUAAACCUGGCCGUGAGAGGGUAGAAGACCCGUUUUCAGAUUUUUCGUCACCCCGCGAUCCCCAGCAAGAAAGCAAGAGUGAAGGCCUAACGGUCGAUAAGUGCAGUGCAGUGACAUUGGAGCUCAGCCAACCAUCCGCCUGUGCCGCCCUCCAACGCAUCCUGAUGGCCCCCGUGAGUGCCGCCGCUUCCGUUUCCUCGCCCACCGCCACCCACUCGCUGCAGGACAUGAGCGCCGCCGCUGCGGCCAUCGCGCUAGACAUGAAGCCGAAGGGAGAGUGCCAUCCAAUGCUCUCCGCCGCCGCCCUGCCCACCCAGAAGAUCAAGAAACUGGUGCGCCGCAACGCCUCCGACAAGCUGAAACUCAUCCAGAUGGUCCAUGAUAAUCCGAUCCUCUGGGACUCCCGUCUGCCAAACUUCAAGGGUGCCGAGGAGGAGAAAAGCCGUGCCUGGGAGCAUAUUGGACGCGAGUUCAACGCACCCGGACGCCGAGUAGCACGGGCCUUCAAGUCCCUUCGAGAGUCCUACCGCAGGGAGCUGGCCCAUGUCAAGCUGAUGGGAAACGGGUUUAAGCCCAAGUGGAGCCUCUAUGAAGCUAUGGAUUUCCUUCGAGAUGUCAUCAGGGAGAGAAAGGGCGCAGCGCAUGCCACCGAUCUGAGCUUAAGCGCAUACGCUCAAAUGCAUAAUAAUAAUAAUAACAAUAUCAAUAAUAACAGCCACGGGGUCGUGGGAGCAGCAGGAAAGGCAACGUCCCUGAAGGUCUCAUCAUCGUCCUUUAACGAGUCAGCUGCAGUACUAAAUCUCUCAAAGUGCUCAUCGCUAAAUGUGAGCGGUGAGGACUACUACUGCGAUUAUUACGUGAAGCCAGAGCUGGAUCUCUCGGCGGGUGGCGGGGCUGGCAGCAGCAGCAGUGGCAGUAGCUCUGGUGGGGGAAGCGGCAUUCCACCUACUUUGCCGCUUCCAGCCCACCAGCACCCGGCGCCCAACGACAGCCGGGUGAGCUCAACACGUAACGAACACCAACACCAUCAGCAUAAUUACGAGGACAUGGAUGCUAGCUCACUGCGCAGCGGGGACGAGGACGCCGGCAACGGAUCUGACGCAGUGGAGGAGCUAGACGCUAUAGACGCUGAUUUUCCCUAUCCGCUCAUUCUUGAUUCUAAUUCGCCGGUGGGCACAAAUGCAUGCGUCGACGAGGUGGGUCUGCCAUGCAAGCGUCGUCGCAACGGCGACCACGACGGUCUGGAGGACGGAGAUGGUGAUGCCAUAGUCGAUGGGGACGAUUACGAGGAUCAAAUGCUGCAACAACACAGGCAUUUGCGUCAACAGCAAAGUUCUGGUGUCCCUGAAGGCCUAGAUCUGCCACCUCCGCAAACUGUACGCGAGGUUCUCAACUCCAAGUUCUGUGGAUUCAUCUCGGCAAAACUUAACAGCAUGGAGGACUCAGAGGCGGACAACCUAAUGAACCGCAUUCUCCUGUUGCUAGUGCAAAUGCAGCAAUGCGAGGGGGCUGCCAAGUAAGAAGCCUGUCGAAAAGUGUGCCGAAAUCUCUGUGUGUAGUUUGAUUAGCCAUGAAAGGCUCAUCAUCAUAGAUGCAGCUGCUCAAAGCAAAAUACGUGGAAAGUUUUCUACCCUUGCCCUUGCCAUAUAAUAUGUAAACCUACUUGCCAAUACCAAAUCAGUGCCAUACCAAAAACAUCAAUGAAGCAACUAUAAGAAUGGUUAAAUCAAUAAAAAAAAUCCUCUGCUCUCAUUUACAACAAGGAACUUACAUUUUAAGAAAAGACAACAAAUAGAAAUUAAUAAAAGUAAGAGAUUAAGAAUAAUACACGAUAAAUGUUAAUUUCGUUUUAGUUCGAUCAUUCGUAGAUCAGUCAUACAUAAACGGCUAAACGCCUCAUCACAUGAAACUAUACUCUUACAACGAAUACACUACGUAUAUGCUGAUCAUCUUGUAGAUCUUAUUAGAUUUAAGGAUUCAACCAAAACGAAUUGUUUCGAAUAAAACGGAAAAUAUUGGUUUGUGGUUAGUUUUAUAUUGAAAUGUAAAACAACGCUUAAAUUUAUUCCAUUUUGAACAUGUUAAUUAUUCGAAUUAAAUAGCCAUACUUUAAAAAAAA